AUGCCAGUGACCUUUUUGACGCCAUGGCACACCGACAACCCCGAGUUCCGACAGGCCAUCCGAUCUUUGCGUCAGCAAAAUUUGCAACAACUCUGCAGCCGUGACCAUCUCGAGUUUCCCACUCGUCCCGGAGCCCUCGAGCCGGGACAGACUCGCGCCUCUCAGACCGGCCUGUUCAGCUCGGCCGAUGCAGUUGCCGAGCGGUCGAGUCCCCUCGAGGCCAGAGCCGUGGCGAGCCCAAUUCGCCCGACCGGACGAGGCACAAGUCAGUGGCAUCCGAUGGAGCGUCAGCUCGAGUCUCGCGGCAGACUCGAGCCGGAUCGGCCGGGACCGACGAACGCCAGCAGCCCGAUCCGAGCCGUCUCGACGCCUCCGGCAGAUGUUCCUUCGAGGCCAGAGAUGAGGAGGCAGAAGGGCGCUGCGAAGAAAGAGGAGGAGAAAGAGCAGCAGCAGGAGGAGGAGGAGGAGGAGGGGGAGAAGGAGGAGGAGGAGGAGUGGAGGAAGAGUGGCGAAAGAGGGCAGACUGUUGAGCGGGAACGGCGACGGCGAAGGCGACAAGAGGCGGGCGAACGUCAACGUGAAAGGAGAAGACAACAGUCACAUCGUCUUGCCAACCAGGCUCAGUAUAGUCCGGCCGAGGUGAAACAGGCCGCCGUCGAGCGGACGCCUCCGGUUAGCUUGGCAACAAACUCCGAUUCUGUAUCAUCCUUGUUCGUGGCCGGCUAUGCUCGUCAGGGCCAUCUGCCGGCCGUCCAGCGGCCUCGAGGUGCCGGCGUCAACAUUACAGAAUCGGCUCCGCGACGGGCCGGCAGGCAGACACAAUUUGAGGCCAGACGACGACAACGUCAAAGCGACCGUCAACGCCAAAGAGAGCGAGAGCGUGAACGAGGCAGGGAGCAACCGAGACGAGGCCGACAGGAGCAUGCAGCAGACGGAACCUCAAAAGGCGAAGAUGGCGGUCAAGACGGCAACGGGAACAGCAGCACAUUUUCUCUGUAG